AUGGCAUAUGAUCAGUAUGUUGCUAUUUGCAAUCCACUUCACUAUGAAAUGGUGAUGAAUUGGAAAGCCUGCAUUAAAAUACCAAUUGUAGUGUGGUUUGCAGGUCUUCUGUAUGGACUGUUGCACGCCACUGGCACUUUUUCCAUCCUUUUUUGUUCUAAUAUUGUCAAUCAAAUUUUCUGUGAAAUUCCACAGUUGCUUAAACUAUCCUGCUCUGGUUUCAAUCUACUUGAGGUUGGAAUUCUUGUUGCCAGUAUCAUUGCUGCACUAGGUUCUUUAACUUACAUGUUUGUGUCUUAUGCUAUGAUCUUCAAGGCAGUUUUAAAAAUUCCUUCUGAAAAAGGAAGACAAAAAGUGUUAUCCACUUCUCUUCCCCACCUUAUUGUAGCAUCUAUGUUACUAUUAACUGGAAGCUUUGGCUGUAUGAGAUCUUCCUCAGAUACCCCAUCUUACUUGGAUUUUGAGUUGACUGUUAUGUAUUCUCUUCUUCCAUCUCUGUUCAAUCCAAUCAUUUAUG